UCACGUUACAAUGAAUUAUUCGGGCGUUGCGGGAAUAAUUUUGUUCUAUGUCCUCAUCGUGCUCAUCGGGAUCUGGGCAAGUCGAAAAAGGCGCAAUGACGAUAACGGCGAGGAAGAAAUCAUGUUGGCAGGACGAUCGAUUGGAUUAUUCGUCGGAAUUUUCACGAUGACAGCAACAUGGGUUGGCGGCGGAUACAUCAAUGGGACAGCAGAAGCGAUUUAUACUUCGGGACUCGUUUGGUGUCAAGCUCCCUUUGGUUACGCCUUAAGCCUGAUUUUUGGCGGGAUUUUUUUCGCGGGUCCCAUGCGGAAACAAGGUUACGUUACAAUGCUCGAUCCGUUGCAAGAUCGAUUUGGCGAAAAAAUGGGCGGAUUACUUUUUUUGCCCGCAUUUUGUGGCGAAGUAUUUUGGGCUGCGGGUAUUUUGGCAGCUCUCGGGGCAACAAUUUCCGUUGUCAUUGAUUUGGAUCACAGCACGUCGAUUAUCUCGUCAGCCUUUGUCGCGGUUGCAUAUACCUUAAUUGGGGGAUUGUAUUCUGUCGCAUAUACGGAUGUCAUUCAGCUUUUUUGCAUUUUUAUCGGAUUGUGGAUUUGUAUUCCGUUUGCGUGGAAUAAUGAGAAUGUAGCCGAAAUAUCGCUUAAUUCCGUUGAUUGGUUGGGCCAUGUCGAAGCAAAUCGAAUUGGGUUUUACAUUGAUUAUGGGUUGUUGCUGAUGUUUGGCGGCAUUCCAUGGCAGGUAUACUUUCAACGUGUUUUGUCGACGAAAACGCCUGGAAGAGCGCAAAUUUUGUCGUUCGCAGCAGCUAUUGGAUGUAUCGUGUUGGCAAUUCCUCCCGUGCUCAUUGGGAUCAUUGGAAAAGCGACGGCAUGGGAUCAAACAACAUACAAAGGACCAUUUCCUCUCACGCCCAAAGAAAGCGGCAUGAUUCUCCCGAUGGUCUUGCAAUAUCUCACUCCCGAAUACGUUUCGUUCUUCGGAUUAGGCGCCGUAGCUGCCGCCGUUAUGAGCAGCGCCGAUUCAAGCAUCCUUUCCGCAAGUUCCAUGUUCGCACGCAACAUUUAUCGCCUCAUUUUUCGCCCGCAAGCAUCGGAAAAGGAAGUCUUAUGGGUGAUGCGUGUCGCAAUUGUUGUCGUUGGCAUCUUGGCAACACUGAUGGCGAUAACGGUCUCCUCCGUAUACGAUUUAUGGGCAAUUUGCUCGGAUCUUGUGUACGUUGUUUUGUUCCCGCAACUCUUGAUGGUCGUUCAUUUCAAGAAAAAUUGCAACACUUAUGGCAGUUUGGCGGCAUAUAUCGUUGCAAUUGUGUUACGAGGCGCAGGCGGAGAAAAAACUCUCGGAAUUCCGGCGUUGGUUUUCUAUCCGGGAUACAAUGAAGUCACGGGAGAGCAAGAAUUUCCAUUUCGAACGUUCGCGAUGGUGUCGAGUCUUGUAACUUUGAUACUGAUUUCAUGGAUUUCGAGAAAUCUCUUUGAAAAGAACAUUUUGAGCAAAAAUUAUGACGUUUUCGGAUGUUUCGAUGACUUACGAGAAUCUGUCGUAUUGGAUUCAAGAACGAAAGAUCAAUCGUUGACGUUAUUCGGGAUUGGUAAUGUUGCGUUGGAACACUCUGUACGCUGAUUGUGAUAAAAUUCGCAUUAAUUUUGCUUCAACUUAUAAAAAGUAAAUAAAAUUGUUAGGAAUUCUGUUUAAAUUUUAGAAAAUAUCUUCACUUUGUUUGUGUUUCAAAAGCAAAUAAAGUUCAUUUUCUAUCUAAACGAUUCGA